AAAUUUUCUUAAAAUUUAUAUGGAAAACUAUGAUGAAAAGAGAAUUUUUUUAAACUUAGAGAUUCAUGAAUAUUCAAAACCCAUAUGACGUACCAAUAUUAGCGUGCAUUUACUGCGGGCUGUCGUCACUAGUAAGAUGGCGAUCGCGCGAAAUAAUUGAAAUACUUUUAUUUAUAGUUAAUCGAAUUUUUACUGAAAUGUCGUUGUCUUUAGAUAUUUUAAAAGAAAAUUUUAGCCACAUAAUUGAAAAUGCAUCUCCCGAUGUAAUUGAUCGUUUUGUUGUAUGGCUUGAUAUGAAAAUUUCAGAAUUUAAAGUUAACGGUAAAAUGAACUUAGACGCCAAUGGCAACAUAACGAACGAGAAUGAAUCAAAAUGGCUAAAAAGUUUAACUGAAUUUUGCUCUAGAGACUCUGACAAUAGUAGCCCCACAACACCUGCAUCUUUUACUAGACAGAGUCGUUUUCGUAAAGUUCUUCACGCUUUCAAAUGUUCUAAAUGUAGUCGACGAUUUCUAAAGAAGGAGCAAUUACUUAAACACAGAGCGGCAUGUAGUUUUAGAAUAAAAAGCAGCCUCAGAUCUUCACCCAAAGCCGAACCUUCACCGCCACCAUAUCCUCAACCUUCGCAUAACGAUUCUACAUCUACAGUUGUUAUAAAUUCUCCCAAAAAAGUAUCUGAAUCUUCAAAGCUAGCUUUGGCUGUAAAAAGUUUAACAGGUGAAAAUUCCGAUCUAAUUACGAAGUGGAAAAGUUUAAAUAAUUUGGAAGAGGAUGAUGAGAUAGAAGCUGGAGUUUCAAAGAACGAAUACCUUUCAAAGAGUGAAUAUCUAGCUACAAGCCUUUUAGACAGUCAACAUGAAAGGGGUUAUAGUAAUUCAUAUUAUACUCUUUUAAGAACAAAACUCUUAAAAGGUGAAGUUUCGACAGCUGCUAGCAUGUAUUCAAGUAUGAUGUCACCAAAGACGUCAACGCCUAUACCUGAGCCAACGUUUCCGUCUAGAAAACGUGAUCAAGGAGGUCAAAUAAAAGUAAAUAGUGACAAAGGCGAUGCGAAAUGCUAUGUAUGUUCUCGUUGUAGUUGCUCAAGUAUGAAUCCAGAAUAUGUUUUUACACAUAUCUGUGAUCAAGAUGACGCGGAAUUAAAUUAAAAGAAACAUUGUUAUUCAUUUUACUUUAUUAUUAAAAAAAAUUUGUUUUAGCUGUUUAUUUUUUUUUUUAAAAAAAUAAAUAAUAAGUAUAUUUAUACUUCUAAACCCGAAAUCAUUCCUAAAAAGCGGAGGCGCCAAAGACAUGUUGAAUGACGUUAACAUGUCUCUUUAAAGGAUCAAUUAUUAAAUAGGCGAAAUCUUGCAUAUGGUUCUUAGUUGACGGAAAGUAGAUAGCUCCAUCCUUCUCCUAAUAAGAAAAACAUUACAGCAUUGUUAAUUUCUAUUUUAUCACUUACAAAAGCUGUAACUUUAAACGCUAUAGAUUGAACUUUAAGCUUAUUGCUGUUUGAAUCCUUGACAACGCUGUAACAGAAAAUGAGAUUUGCUCUAAUUCAAGUAUUCGGAGUGCAAGUAUUUCAUCUAUUCAGUUGUACCUUACAAGAUCUUUAUACAAUCC